GGUCUAGUAUAGUUUGACCGGUCAAGUAAUUUACACCAUCAUUUUUGGCGCCGACCGUGGGACCGUUAAGGUUUUUUCUCUUCUAAACGCAAACCUACCCACAAAAACACCACUAAAAAUGUCUUCAAGCCAGCAGAUCAACGCCACCUCCACUCAGGUGCGAGCUACCACUGAAGGUACCAGCAUCCCCAUGGUUGCUACCUUGCCAGCCAUUUCUACUCCGGUUUUGCCAUUGGGGCUAAGCUCGGUUCCAACACCCAGCAUGGUUAGUCCAUUCACGGCCCCAGUCCCUUCCGCUGGGCCGAGGGUCACUUUCCCACCAAGCAUGACUCAGUUCAUGAACGACCCCGCCAACCUACAAGCCAUCCAGGGCUUUGGCCAGGUCAUGGCCAUAUGCCAACAGAAUGGGGGGAUGCCUUUUCUCCCUGGUAUGUUCCCAUUCGCCCUUCCAGGAGCGGGAACGAUGCCCCUACAAACUCCGAUGGCAGUGACGCCGUUCCAGACACCGGUUCCGCAGCCAUCACCUUUCCAACCGCAGCUGGUCAGCGCCGUGGCCCCCAUCAACUUGACUGGCGCACUCAACGCUGCGGGGCCGUCGCGUCCCCCACAAGGUACGAAUCCACAAAUCACUCCUGAUGGUCACUGCGUCUCAGUUGAGAGCGGAGAUGACGAGUGGGACAUUCCGAGGGCCCACAAGAAGAAGAAGGGGAAGACCACACGCCCCGCGACUUCCCGGAACUCCGCCUUCGAAAGGCUGGGGGAAAGGGAAGAGGGCCAGAGGAAGUCAGCCAAGCUGAGGCUGGGGCAAAGUGUCGCUCAUGUCAGCGCCUUUGCCCGGUUGGGCGAGAUGAGGGAGGCCGAGCCUGCCCGCACCCAACGCUCCCAGUCAAACCGGCUGGAGCCAGCCAGGACGAGGGCCUCUCGUCAAGAGGAGGAAGCAGAAAGCCAACCCAGGCUACCGGUGGCUAACCGGAUAACCAUCCCCAACGACCGCGUCCAACAGAUGGAGGCAAAGUUGGAGAGGCUGGAGAAAAAAGUAGGGGAGAAGAAUGACCGGGACAAACCUCUCGCAGGUUCCCCGUUCACCGCAAGGGUCCAUCUGACACCUUUCCCGCGAAAGGUUAAGAUAGACGCCCCCAGGUUCACCGGUAAGGAGGACCCAGAAAUCCAUCUGGACUCCUUCAAUCAAAGUGCAACCAUGAAUGGUUGCACAGAUGAAGAAAAGUGCCUCCUUUUCUUCCAGACCUUGCGGAAUCGAGCCACCGAGUGGUUCAAUAAGCUUCGCCCGGGAAGCAUCGACUCAUUCAGCGAUUUGGCCUCGAAGUUCAAGGCCAAGUUCCAGGAGAACUGUACUAAGAGGAAGAAAUUCACCUAUCUUAGUACGGCCGGGCAAAGGGAAUUAGAGAACCUCACUCAAUUCCUUACCCGGUGGAAGGAGGAGGUAGACAAGGUUGAGGAGAUGGACGACAAGACAGUGUUGUCCCUCCUCCUGAAUGGUUUUCGAGCCGGGGAACUUUACAAGGAGUUUUGCCGAAAACCCCCGACCACGUAUCAGGAAGCAUACCACACUGCGUGGGAGUUCGCCGAGGCGGAAACCCAGCUCCGGGCGAAGAAGGAAGCCGAGCAUGGUUACAAGCCCAAGCCGGUACAAGUCAAGAAGGAAGAAGCACCGGGACCCAUCCGGCCAAGGCACCACUAUGACCCGGUCGUCCGCGUGGUCAACACCGAAGAGUGUCAGGAAAUAAGGAAAGCACCGGCUACCUACCCGGUCGUUCCUCCGGAAAAUCCUACCGGUCAAACUAGGCGCCAGUGGACGGGCACCUACUGCUCAUACCACAGGUCAGAUUCCCAUAACACUUCUGAAUGCAAAAGUGUUAAGGGGGUCAUCCGGCAGAUGAUAGACAGCGGAGAGCUUGGCAAGGAUUACCUGCAGAAAGCCCAGGAGAAGAACCAUCAAUGGGUAAGGCCAGCGACCCAGGGAAAUGACCGGGUCAAUGACCGGCGGAGGAACAACCGGCAGAGGGAGCAACAGCCUGCCCCCGACAAAGAACACAUUGGGAUGAUCUUUGGCGGACCCGAGGGUGGAGAUUCGGCCGCGAGGGAGCCAAUAACCUUCACUGACCGGGACCUCCCUCCUACCGGUGAAGAUCACAAUGAUCCAUUGGUCAUCACCAUGGACAUCGACGGGGUGGACGUCGCCCGGGUACUUGUUGACACCGGCAGCAGUGUCAACAUCCUCUACCUGGAGACCUUCCAGAAACUCAGGUUGUGUCGGACACAACUUGAACCCCUCAAAACCCCUCUCUCAGGUUUCACGGGUGAUACAGUUGAAGCGGAGGGAUCCAUAGUUCUACCGGUUGAACUAGGAUCGGGCGAAAAGACCGUGUGGAAAAGGAUGCGGUUCAUUGUUGUGGAUAUCAAAUGCGUCCACAACGCAAUCCUUGGCAGGCCAGGCAUCAACAAGGUUGGGGCAGUGAUCUCCAUGCCCCAUCUAUGCAUGAAGUUCCACACCCCAGGCGGUGUGGGAGAAAUACGGGGCGACCAGAGGAAUGCCCGGGAAUGUUAUGCCCGGGCAGUCAAAAGGAUGACCAAGGGGGUCAACGUCAUCUCCCAAGAGAUCACCAAGGGAGAGACCCGGGAGAAACUGGAGCCUGAAGCUGAGACGGUGGAGAUUGAACUUCACCCGGGUGAUUCAUCCAGGAUGGUCAGAAUGGGAGCAAACCUCCCAGAAGAUCUCAAGGCAGAGAUUACACGGGUGCUUCAAGAAUACGCGGGCAUAUUCCCAUGGAGCGUGGCGGAUAUGCCCGGGAUAGAUCGCUCAAUCAUCUGCCACCGGCUGGCAGUGAGGGAAGGAAGUCGACCGGUACGCCAGAAGAAAAGAUCAGCAAUCAAAGGGCAAGCCCUUGCGGACUUCCUUGUGGAGAUGACCGGUGUAACUCCAGAUGCAGCGGUCGACAAGCCCACCGAGCAAUGGUGGGAGAUGGCAGUGGACGGGGCAUCCGGUCCUAAAGGUUACGGGGGUGGUGUAGUCUUUACCACCCCGGAAGGAUUCAAAAUCUACCAUGCAAUCGUCUUCAACUUCAAGCUGACGAACAACGAAGCCGAAUAUGAAGCCCUGGCUGGAGGGCUCAGACUUGGCCAAGCACUGAAGAUCAACCGGGUCAGUAUCAAAUCUGAUUCUAGUUUGAUCGUUGGGCAAGUGACCGGUAAUAUGGAGGCCAGAGAAGGACGAAUGGCGCAGUACAAAGACUUGGUACUUGCCUUGUUGAAAGGCUUCGAGGAAUUCAAGAUCGCCCAAAUCCCCCGGGCAGAGAACGCGGAUGCAGACCUCCUCUCCAAAUUGACGCAGUAUGCCCCCGAGCAUGUUUCAAAACUUGCCCGGGUAGAAAUUCUUGAUCAUGCCAGCAUUGAAAAAUUGGAAGUAGCCGCCAUAACAGAAGCUGGCCAACCUGACCGGUCAAACUUGGUCGGGGCGGAUGACCACUGGAUGUAUGAUCUGAUGGAAUACCUGAUGGACGGAACCUUGCCAGAACAAGAUGACCGGGCAAGAAAAGUUAAGCUCAGGGCACCCCGAUUUCAAGUCCUUGACGGGAAGCUGUAUAAAAGGGCAUUUGGAGGACCACUCCUAAGGUGCCUGACCAACCGGGAGGCUGAGCGAGUCAUAGCAGAAGUCCAUGAAGGGGUGUGCGCAGCACAUCAAAUGUCGCGAACCCUUUCCCAGCGCAUCAUCUUGUUGGGGUAUUACUGGCCGACAAUUGUCCAGGACUGCGAGAGGAGGGCUCAUGGGGAAACUCCAUUUUCUCUAACCUAUGGGUGUGAAGCGAGGCUGCCCAUCGAAGCUGAAUUCCCAACGUUUCGGGAAUCAAAUUAUCAACCCCAGCAGAAUGAGGAAGAUCACUUGGCCGAACUCAACUUGGUCGAAGAACGGAGGAUGGCCGCGGAAGUUAAAAUGAGCACAUAUCAACAAGUCGUGAAGAAAUACCACGACAACAAGGUUGGACCGCGAUACUUUCAAGUCGGCGAUGAAGUCCUGCGAAGAAGGGAGGCUAGUAGACCGGGAGACGGGGGAAAGCUGGCCAAAAACUGGGAAGGGCCUUACCGGGUGAAAGCUAUCAUUCGCCCGGGAACCUACCGGUUAGAAACUCUUGAAGGUGUACCGGUAGAAAGAACCUGGAAUUCCCAUCAUCUUCGCAAGUUCUACAAAUGAUUGUAAUGCUAGGCAAGGCCUAAUUUAUUAUCAAUCAAACUGAUGACAUUCAAUACUCUACAUGGUAGCAGCGGAAUUGAUAGGUCGGACCUAUCCUAGGAGGGCUUCCCGGGUGGAUCGGAUCCACUCGGACAAGCCAACUGAGACACAGGCCCGGACCUGGCACGCUGGUUACUACACCGGU